UAAUUAAAUUGUUGUUGUUGUUUUACUUUUGUUGUUUGACAUUUUGUCAAGUACUUCGGCAUUUGUUUUGUUUAUAAAUAUCAACGAAAAAUAAAAAACAUAUCACUCAAUGAUCGCUGGAAUCAAAGCAUGCGCUUUAAAUGCCAACUGUUGAGUUCUUGUGAACGCUAUUGAACUCGUAAUGGUUAAAGAAUGCUAAAACUCAUCAAGUGUGUGUGUUUAGGCCUCCCCUGGAAUAUUAAUCGAUCCACGUUCAAGCGAAAAUUUAUGGUCCCGCAAUUUCAGUGAAAAUCGCGUUGAACCAAUCGUAAUAAUGAUCGUAUCAACAAGGAUUAAGCAAAAAAGUUACAAUUACCAGACUUUAAAUGCGUUUCAAAAGUGCUCCAGAUUUGUAGAUUAUCAUAGCAUAAAAGGCAAUUAACUUACCUAGAAUAAAAGAGAAAAAAAUAAUUUCAAGUUAUUAUAAAUAUUAUAUCAUAUUAUUUUAACAAUUGAUUGAUUUAUUCAAGCGUAAAAUAUUUAAAUGUAGUUCAAAAAUAAUAUUAGCUGGUUAAGAGUUGUAUUCCAUAUUGAUCUCAUCGCUAUGCCUAUCCGGUUGAGUGUCAUUGGAAUUCUGUUAAUGUUUGUAGCACUAAACCCUUGCUAUAAUGCUCACAAACUUUGUUUGUCAAAAUAAUGACGAAACGUGGUUUACUUUCCAUGAAUGUCGAUUGCGGGCAAUCAGUAGUAAUAAGACUAUUUUAAAUUUGAAUGGAACUUUUCAUCAAACCGUCACGGAGUUUCAUGUGAGAGGACAAAUGUUUUACAAAACCAAUGGUUACAAGCCUUGGCUUUAUAAUGUUCAAGUUGAAUGCUGUCGUUUUAUGAGGAAGACAUAUAAUCCUAUUGCAAUUAUUAUCUAUAGAUUUAUAAAGAACUAUUCAAAUAUGAACCAUACUUGUCCCUAUAAGGGAGCGGUAAUUAUAAAAGGACUUUAUCUUAGAUUCGGCGCAUUACCAAAUGCACUGCCAACUGGCGAUUAUAUGUUGGCAUUAACUUGGUCACUUGAUAACAAGACGAAAUUUACAACUAAUGCAUAUUUUAUGUUUGCUGAGGAUUUGUGAUAAGUUUUACUAUUGUUAUGGUAAUUAAUUUCUGAACCGAAAUAUAAACUAACUAAUUAUUC